UCAAGUCAAUCAUAUAUAUUGAAAUAUGUAUUUUCUUGUGAGAAUAAUAUUCAUUUUUUUACUUAUAAUAAAUAUUAUUAAAAAUAGUCAUUUAUCUACUAGUGAAAAAAAUAAUAUCAAUGUAACAUUAAAGGAUUAUGAAAAUUUUACUUUUACCAUUGCAAAUAAAUCAAAUGAUCAAUCAUCAGAAAUAAUAAACAAUGAAAAUAUCAUUGUCGAUUGUUUUGGUUUUGGAAAAAUAUUUGCUAAAACUAUUGAAUGGUUUUUUAAAAAACAAGAAACUCCAUUGUUUACAAGAUUUUUUAUUCGUUCACGUAGAAAAUCUCAUAGAGAUAAAGUAUUAAUUGGUGAUCAAUUUGGAUUGGAAUGGACUGAUUUUGAUAUUAGACGUAAAACAAUUGUUAUUGUUCAUGGAUUUUUAUCAAAUGGCGAUGAAGAUUGGAUUAAAGAAAUGGAAGAGGCUUUUCUUUUAUGGGAUGAUGUAAAUGUUGUUUCUGUUGAUUGGAGUGAAGGAAGUAAUACUUGGAAUUACUAUAAAGCGGCUAUUAAUACAAAACUCGUUGGAAAUUGUAUAGGAAAGUUUUUUGAUCACUUAGCAAAUUCAACAAUAAAUUCUCAAGGACCACCUGAAAAUGAAUGGGGUGCAAUUCAUUUUAUUGGCCAUAGUCUUGGGGCACAUAUCUGCAGUUUUGCAGCGAAUUUAAUAAGAAAAUCACCAAUAAAAUGGAAAAUUAAUAGGAUAACUGGAUUGGAUCCUGCACAACCAUGUUUUAAAAAUACAGAUCUAGAUUUAUAUUUAGAUAAAAGUGAUGCUCCAUUUGUUGAUGUUAUUCAUACAAAUGGACGUUUUUUAACAAGUCUUGGACUUGGUAUACCAAAACCAAUUGGACACGUUGAUUUCUAUCCUAAUGGUGGUAAAAUACAACCAGGAUGUGUAAUUUCGAAAUCAUAUUACACAAUUAAACUUCCACAAAAUGUAAUUAAUCAAGCAAUAUGUAGUCAUGGAAGAUCCUAUUCUUAUUUCACUGAUUCAAUAAUAUCGUCAGUUAAAAAUAAUUGUACUUAUUGGAGUCAUCAGUGGGAUUUGACUUAUAGAAAUGCCCUUAAAAUAAUUGAGGAAAAUUGUAAUUCUACUAAUUGUUCAGAAAUGGGAAUUAAUUCAGAGCAUUAUACACAAAGAGGAACAUUUUUUAGUCUUACUUCAGGAACAACACCUUUUUGUAGUAUUCAAGAAUCUGAUAAGAAAACUGUUUUGGACCUCAUGUAUGAAGAUAUGAAAGAUGAAGCCCUCGAUUAAAAAAUUGAAUUUACAAUAAUAUAAUAUUAUUAUUUAAAAAAAUCUAUUUUUGAAAAAUUGUAUUUUUUUAAAAUUCUACUGAAAAAAAGAAUUUUAGGGCAAUUCUAAUUUUUUUUUUUUUUUUUGCAAA